CGGAACAGUACGUGUGAAGUUCUCGAGCACCUUACCGUGCUGUGCUAAACAAGUUAACGGUACAAACUUUCAUUCUUAGUUUUAUUUAAGCGCACUGGAAACAUGUCCAAACCUCUGACCGACCACGAAAAGCGCAAACAGAUCAGUGUGCGUGGUAUAGCUGGCCUCGGGGAUGUUGUCGAAAUCAAAAAGAGCUUCAACAGGCAUCUUCACUUCACCCUUGUGAAGGAUCGCAAUGUGGCCACCCCGCGGGAUUAUUACUUCGCCCUGGCGCACACGGUCCGGGAUCACCUGGUGGGCCGCUGGAUCCGCACUCAGCAGUAUUACUAUGAGAAAGACCCGAAGCGCAUCCAUUAUCUAUCUCUGGAGUUCUAUAUGGGCAGAACUCUCCAGAACACCAUGAUUAAUCUUGGUCUGCAGAACACUUGUGACGAGGCCAUCUACCAGCUUGGACUGGACUUGGAAGAACUGGAAGAGAUUGAGGAAGAUGCUGGACUGGGAAACGGAGGUCUUGGGCGUCUAGCAGCUUGUUUCCUGGACUCCCUGGCAUCUCUGGGUCUGGCAGCAUAUGGUUAUGGCAUUCGUUAUGAGUUUGGAAUCUUCAAUCAGAAGAUCACCAAUGGCUGGCAGGUAGAGGAGGCUGAUGAUUGGCUUCGCUAUGGUAACCCCUGGGAGAAGGCCCGACCAGAGUAUAUGCUGCCUGUGCAUUUCUAUGGUCAAGUGGAGCACACACCUGAGGGAUCAAAGUGGGUUGGCACCCAGGUGGUGCUUGCGAUGCCUUAUGACACUCCUGUGCCUGGUUAUAAUAACAACACUGUGAAUACUAUGAGACUGUGGUCUGCCAAAGCUCCUAAUGAUUUCAACCUGCAAGAAUUUAAUGUGGGGGACUACAUCCAGGCUGUUUUGGACCGGAACCUGGCUGAAAACAUCUCACGAGUACUUUACCCCAAUGACAAUUUUUUUGAAGGGAAAGAGCUCAGAUUAAAGCAGGAGUACUUUGUGGUGGCUGCUACUCUGCAGGACAUUAUCAGGCGUUUCAAAUCUUCAAAGUUUGGCUGCAGGAAUCCUGUACGCACCUCUUUCGAGACUUUCCCUGAGAAGGUGGCGAUCCAAUUAAAUGACACUCAUCCAGCACUGGCAAUUCCUGAACUAAUGAGAAUCUUGGUGGAUAUUGAGCACCUGGACUGGAAAAAGGCAUGGGAGAUCACCACAAAGACGUGCGCGUACACAAACCACACAGUGUUACCAGAGGCUCUUGAGCGCUGGCCUGUUUACAUGUUUGUGAAGCUUCUACCACGACACCUGGAGAUCAUCUAUGAGAUCAACCAGCGACACCUGGAUAGAAUUGCUGCUCUGUAUCCAGGAGACGUUGAUCGUUUGCGCAGAAUGUCUCUGAUUGAGGAGGGCGAUCCAAAGAGAAUCAACAUGGCUCACCUCUGUGUGGUGGGGUCACACGCCGUCAACGGAGUCGCACGAAUUCACUCCGACAUUGUCAAAAGCACCGUUUUUAAGGACUUUUGUGAUGUUGAGCCAGAAAAAUUCCAGAAUAAGACGAACGGCAUCACACCUCGUCGCUGGCUGCUCCUCUGUAACCCGGGCCUGGCUGACAUCAUCGCUGAGAAAAUUGGUGAGGACUUCUUAACAGAUCUGUUUCAAUUGAGGAAGCUGUCAGACUUCAUAAAUGAUGAAACGUUUAUUCGGGAUGUUGCCAAAGUUAAACAGGAGAAUAAGCUGAAGUUUGCAGCAUAUCUGGAGAACGAGUACAAAGUAAAGAUCAACCUUGAGUCUAUUUUUGAUGUUCAUGUCAAGAGAGUCCAUGAGUACAAGAGACAACUGCUCAACUGCCUUCAUGUCAUCACUUUAUACAACAGGAUAAAGAAGGACCCAAACAAGAAGGUUGUUCCCAGAACAGUAAUGAUUGGUGGAAAGGCAGCACCAGGCUAUCACAUGGCAAAGAUGAUCAUCAAACUGAUCACCUCGGUGGGAGAAGUGGUGAAUAAUGAUCCUGUGGUGGAUGACGGACUCAAGGUCAUUUUCCUGGAAAACUACAGAGUAUCACUAGCUGAGAAGGUGAUCCCUGCUGCUGACCUGUCUGAGCAGAUCUCCACGGCGGGUACGGAAGCUUCUGGUACAGGAAACAUGAAAUUCAUGCUGAAUGGCGCUCUGACCAUUGGUACCAUGGAUGGAGCCAACGUGGAGAUGGCAGAGGAAGCUGGAGAGGAAAACCUUUUCAUCUUUGGCAUGAGGGUAGCAGAUGUGGAGGCCAUGGACAAAAAGGGAUACAAUGCUAGAGAGUACUAUGAUCGUCUGCCUGAGCUCAAACAGGCGAUGGAUCAAAUCAGCGGUGGAUUCUUCAGCCCAAAAGAGCCUGAACUCUUCAAAGAUGUCGUCAAUAUGCUCAUGAAUCAUGAUAGAUUCAAGGUGUUUGCAGACUACGAGUCCUACAUCAGCUGUCAAGAAAAAGUUAAUCAACUCUACAGGAACCCAAAAGAAUGGACCAAAAAGGUCAUCAAGAACAUUGCCGCUUCUGGUAAGUUCUCAAGUGACCGCACAAUUGCAGAAUAUGCUCGUGAGAUCUGGGGGGUGGAGCCAUCUGAUGUGAAGAUCCCACCACCUAAUGAACCACGUGAAUGAGAAAGUGGGCGACUACAUGGUUAGCUGGUGUCCAGUGAGUGUGCCUGCCUAAUUCUGAACUUCUCAGUUUUGUGGGAGUGCCUUGUCUCUGGCUUUACCUGAUUUACAGAUUCAGGUUACCUUUUACUAUGCAUAAGCCAUGUGGAGCCUCCUUGAAUUGCAUUACUGUAGUGUAACCUUAACACACAUAAAAAAAAUAUUAAAUAAAAACUUACUCUCAGUGUGCUUUUACACUGUAGACAUGUUGAAAAUCACUGUUAAGAUACUGUUACAUUUCCUUGCACAUGCUGUUAUCAAUUACUAUGGUUUUCAUUAAUCAAAAUUUGAUUUGUUGGACAUCUGAGACAAAUUUACAGCACUGCCUCAAAUGAAAUCAGCUUGAAUCUUUUUUUGUUUUUUUUUGGCAGCCUUAGUAACUGCUUAUAAGGCUAUAUAAAUGGUUCAUUUUGAGUACAUUAUAAUUUUCUUGCAUUCCUUAUACUGCUCUUUAUGGUGGGGAUUCUGAAUAGUUACUCUUUUUAAAGGGAUAUUUAACCCAAAAAUGAGAUUUGUCACAUUCUCACAAUCAUGUCAUUCUAAACCCCUUUGACUGACUUCCAUGAAACACAAAGGGAGUUAUAUAGCAGAAGAGUCUAGUAUCUUCUUUUCCAUGCGUCUGAUCUCUGGUCCCCAUCCACUUUCUUUGUAUAGAAAAGAGUGGAAUUCUUAAUAUCAGAACAUCAUACAGGUUUAGAACAAUAUGAGAGUAAGUAAAUGAUGACCGGAUGUUACAUUUUGUGUGAACUAUUAAUUUAAAGGAAUAAUCCAGAUUCAAUACAAGUUCAGCUCAAUCAACAGCAUUUGUGGCAUAAUGUUGAUUACCACAAUUAAUUUUGACACGGCUGUACUUUUCUUUAAAAAUAAAUUUAAACAACUUUACAGCUCAAAUAAUACACAGGUUUUAACAGGAAAUUUAAUGUAAGUGUUUUAUGUUUUACAUUUCUCCAAAAAUUGUCUCCAUUCACUUCCAUUGUUAGUGUCUCGCUGUACCUCGUUUUAUUUAUACAUUUAAGAAAAGGGAUGGGGCGACACAUGCUGCUGUUUGAGCUUAACUUGUAAUGAACUCUGAAUUUUUCCUUUAAGGAUGUCUCUAAAUGAAAAUAUAAAAUACAAAUUGGGUCUGAACUAGAACCCCAGAUCUGCCUUAACUAUUUCAUGGUGUUUAAGAACAAAAACACAACAACUGGUACCAUUUAAGCAUACAUAUUUUGUGCCUGGAUGAAUUUCUUAUUACCUUGAGUAAAUACAUCGACCUUUUUGUCUCUGUCAGUAGAAAUGCCUCCCUGCCCUAUAUUACAUGGUGCUCUUAAUCCAGUCAGAAACAACGGCUUUAAAAGUUGUGAAUUACUGUAAUAGAAUCCAGUUUUUGCAUCUUGAGGCCAUCUAGAUCACGCUAUUCACCAUCUAAGUGAAUUUUUUUUUUAUUCAAGCUUUCACACAUAAGUUAAAGGGUGCCUUGUGUGCAUAAAUGUGCAAUAUUAAAAACAAGGGGAUAAAAUGUCCCUUUGUGAGUUUUUCAUAUAGACAAUAAAAACAGGAGAUACAGUACAUGGCAGCUGGCUGAUGUAUGGGAAUCCAUCACAAGUGUGUCCUGCUUUAGUUACUUUUUGUCAGGGUGAAAUCGAAUGUCAAUUUGUGCUCUUUUGCAUAUAUUACCAAAUGCUGAAACGUUAGAGUUUUAACUUUUACUUUGUACUGUAAUGCUCUUGAGCCAACCUAAAAGUGACUGAACUUAAGAAAUGCUUGGUCUCUGCAGCCAGUUGUAAAGCCACCCCUGACUUGAGUUUCAACUCUAAACAUCAGCAUUUCAUAUUACUGGUCUUAUAUUUACAGUUGAAGACAAAAUUAUUCAAUUCUUUUUCAAAUAUUUUAACAGUAUUUCUUAUUAUAUUUUUCCUCUGGAGAUAGCCUUAUUUAUUUCAAUUUGCCUGGAAUAAAAUAAUUAUAACAUUUUAUUUUAAAAACUGCUAAGGUCAAUAUUAUUAGCCCCCUUAAGAAAUUAUCUGUUUGAUUAGCUACAGAACCUAUUACUGUCACUGUUAUUCCAUGACUUGCCUAAUUAAUCCCCCAAGCUGCUCUUCAAACUGAUGAUUAGUGUCUUGCAAAACAAUUAGUGAAGUAAUAUAAAACUGUCAUAGAGUAGAGAACAAGGCUGGCAGAGGCAGAAUGCGACCGAUUUCAAAAACCUUGGAAAGUAAACUGGUGAGAGAGAGAUUUCUAAAGACCCAAGAACAACUGCCAAGACACUAGUGAAUGAUUUAACCAAGUCUGGGAUUGAUGUCUCAAUGAAGAGUCACAAGAACCCUGCACAGGAAUGGACUGCAAGUUUGUAGACCAAGAAAAACUCAACUUCUGAAGAAAACACACCUCCAAGCUAGACUGAAUUUUGCCAAGGACAACCUAGAGAAAAAUGAUGCGUACUGGAAACAAAUAACACCGUUCCCACGGUGAAACAUGGCGGAGGGAGUAUAAUGCUGUGGGGAUGGUUCAGUGCGUCUGGAACUGGGAAUCUCAUCAGGGUCAAAGGAAUCAUGAAAAAGGAAGACUACGAGAAGAUUUUGAAAGACAACCUCAGGCAAUCUGCAACAACUUGGUUUGGGUCGACAUUUCGUCUUCCAGCAUGAUAAUGACCCAAAGCAUACCUCACUUCUGGUGAAGAACUACCUCCAAACGAGCAAAGUGAACGUCCUAGACUGGCCUGCACAAAGCCCAGACUUGAAUCCCAUAGAAAAUCUGUGGGCCACACUGAAGACUAGAGUCCAUGCCAGGAGACCAACAAAUCUGGAGGAGCUUCAGAGAUUUUCUGAGGAGGAAUGGGCUGCUGCGACUCAGGAGAAAUGCCUAAAACUGGUUGAGAACUACAACAAACGACUAAAGGCUGUUAUCAAGCAAAAGGGAUGCACUAUUAACAUCAGAGGGCUAAUCAUUUUGACCUGUAGAUUUUUUUUUAUUCUUUAUAAUUUGGUUUCAAUUUGUAAUUAUAAACGCUCUUAAGUUGCCUAAAAAACUAUUAUGUUAAGAAAUGCUACAUUGAAAAAAAUCUUUGCUACAUUAAACAGCACUUGGGAAUUAUUUGAAAAAUCACUUUCAUAGGGGUUAAUAAUUUUGUCUUCAAUUGGACCUUUCUCAGAUUGCUAGACAAUUGAAUGUAUGCAUGAUUGGGGGGGGGAUUAAAAUUUGCAAUCGUACAUUGUUUUCUCACUUCAUUUUACAGUACUGUAUGGAGUUUACUGUUUUAAUACCAUGUGAACAUAUAAUUAAAAUGCUCAUUAAAAAACAUGUUUGAUGAAUAAAUAAUUAUGUUGCAGUUCUAGAAA